AUGUGUGACCGCUCCAGCAGCAACAGCAGCAACAGCAGCAGCAGCAGCAGCAGCAGCAGCAGCAGUACGCCUGAUAUCACUGCAGAUGCUUCGUUUCUACGCUCCCAGACUGUAUUGACAGUGCCUAGGAGCAGCUUAUCUCCUUCUGCCUUCGUUGCUGGGUCCCGGGUGCAUCGGCAUGCUGCUGCAGGUCUCCGUUUGGAGGCCCCUCAAUCUAAACCCUUCUUCAGAGGGGGCCCCCCAGCAGGAGAUGUGGGGCCCCACACCAACGCCUCGCUGCGCCUGGGAGCGGCCCUCAGCCCUCCUUGUAGGGCGGCGAAGAUUGGAUUGCAGGCUCAUCGCAGGCUGCAGCAGCAGCAAGUGGAGCAGCUGUUGCUGCAGCAAGAGCAAAAUAAUCUGCAAGCAGCAAACGCCCUCUCCCCCUCAGAGUCAAGGGUUCCAAGGAAAGGUAACCAGCAGCAGCAAGUGCUGCAGCAGCAGCAGAAGCAGCGAGGAGAGAUCCUGCAGCUGCAACACCUUCACGCACAACGGCGAAGACAGCAACAGCCUAGGGCCCAGAAGCAACAGCAGCAAAUGCAGGAUCCGCAGCAGCAGCAGCAGCAGCACCCGCACCGACAGCAGCAGCAACGGCAGAAGCAGCAGCAGCACCACCCAGAACAGCAGCAAGAGCCGCAUGCCUCUUCUAAAGCCAACCGCCGGAGAGCAAGAAGAGGCGCGCAGCGGCAGAAGGAAAGAGAAUCUCAGGAGGGCCCUCUAAGCGCAUUGCAGCAAAGUGAAACCUCCCCUGGGAUCCGAUCCCCGAGCCAGGAGUAUAUCCUUCAAGACACUGAAGUGGGUCAAACCAGCAGCAGCAGCAGCAGCAGUAACAGCAGCAGCAGCAGCAGGAGCGAGGCGGAUUACUCGCCGUUUCAGAGGCCGUUGCAGAGCCGCUCCAGUCCCGUGGAGGCCUCUUCAAGGGGGCCCCACAUAGUUGCAGCAGCAGAGAGGGGCCCCCACAUGGGUGCAGCAGCAGCUGAGAGGGGCCCCCACGCCUGCCGCAGCGCCACUGCAGCCUUUUGGGGGCUUCCGAGAGGAAUGGAGGAGGGCGGGGCCGAGGCGGAGAUGUGCGUAGAAGAGGAGAAGUACUCCGCUGCUGCUGUUGCAGCAGCAACAGCUGCUGCUGCUGCUGCUUCUUGUGCUUCUGCAGCAGCUGUAGAAGCAGUUCGGAAACCUGUUGAGGGCCCCCUAGAGGAUCAGCGGCUCCUCACGCGGCAGCUACGGGGCCUCCAAUCGGCUGAUGAGCCCGUGGAACUACAGCUUCUUGCUGCUGGUGGGGGCCCCUCUGAGAAGCGACAAACAUUCGGGGAGGCGGUCAUUCAUGCUUACGGGGGCCCCAGGGGCCCCCACCUCCCUGUAGAUAUCCCUCUAAUCCAGUACCCUCCAGAAGAGACACCCGAAUGGGCAGACGCAGAAACAUUUGCUCCUGAGGGGCCCCCACGCUCAUCCCCCCCUAUGGGGGCCCCUGAAGAAAGCUCUACGGGGAUCCCUAUGGGAGCCCCUAUGGGGGCCCCUAUGGAGUCCUCCUUGGGGGUCCCUAUUGGGGCCCCUAUGGAGUCCCCUAUGGGGGUCCUUAUGGGGGCCCCUAUGGAGUCCCUUAUGGGGACCCCUAUGGGGGCCCCUGUCGUAGCCCCUAUGGGGGUCUCUAUGGAGGCCCCUAUGGGGGCCCCCAUGGGUAGCCAUGUUGAAGAAGUUUACGGAUGGUCUUGUCAGGAGACGGAUAUAACUGGGAGGGAAGUACUGGCGAGCGAGGAAGAUACAGCGCAGCACAUUGAUGCAUGCGGCUACGGCAGCGACAGCAGCUGCAGCUGCUGCCAUUAUGACUGCAGCAGCAGGGAAAGCGAAGACGGCAGCAGGCGCAGCAGCUGCAGCAGCUGCACUAGCUGCAGUAGCUGCAGCAGCUGCUGCAGCAGCCACGCGUCAGAGGAAGAACGGAAUGCAACAAACGAAGAUGAGGAGGCGAGCCUUGCUGCGGAGCUGCAGCAGCAAGACACUGAAGCGGAUCAAACCCGCCGGAGCGGCAGCAGCGGCAGCAGCAACAGCAGCAGCAACAGCAGCAGAAGGAUGGCGGGAUCUUCAGAGAAGUUAACAGCGGAUCACUGGAAGGUACAACAAACGAAUAUGGUGCUUGAUGUUGCAACUCCCGCAGCAGAAGACGCAGCAGCAGCACUCUCACAAGAAAGUGCUGCUGCUGCUGCUGCUGCUGGGAGGCAGAGACGCAGCACAGCAGGAGGGGCUUGCCUGCUGCACCGCCGGAGUCCAUCUUCUGCCCUUCUCUGCAGCAGCAGCAGCAGCAGCAGCAGCAGUAGCAGCAGUAGUAGCAGCAGCAGUAGUAGCAGCAAGGAGCAUGGUCAGGGCUGUAGCCGGGAGAAGGCAGGAAGCAGCAGCAGCAGGAACAGCCGGAGCAGCAGCAGCAGCAGCAGAAGCCGUGGGCGUCGGCGUCGUCCGCUGCAGAGCAGCGAGAGCUGGCACAAGGAGGGUAUGCAGCAGGUGGGAUUGAAGCGCCUGCGUGGGUGCGCUCGUUUUGUUCACCAACAGCAGCAACAGCAGCAGCAGCAACAGCAGCAGCAUCAUCAUCAAGGGCAUUUCUUAGGGGGCUCCUCCGUUCGUCUACCUCGUCAGGUGUAUCUACGUGGCCCCCAACAAGAUCGUAUGGUGAUAUUUGAUUGGGAUGAUACAUUUUUUCCUAAUUCAUGGAUUACAGCUCGAGGCCUAAGUUUAUUAUCGGACCCGUGGGAGUAUGAAGAAGAGGCCGGGUUGCUGAGGCGUUUAAUGCGCAGUGGGGCGAAGGUGCUGCGUGCUGCUCUCCGUGUCUGCAGCGUUGUUCUUAUCACUAAUGCUGCUCCUGGGUGGAUUGAAGAGACAUGUCAGCACUUCUUACCUUCUCUUUGGCCUCUUGUCUCUACUUUAAGAAGAACCUCCGCCAGGUUUCACUUCGACUCCCCAUCCAAAGAAUCCCCUUUUCUAUGGAAG